AUGUUGAAGGGGUCCCACUGGCCAGACAGCUACUAUGCCGACAUAGAGCUGCAUGACCCCAAGCUUCAGGAGAACCGUGAGGUCUCCUUGCCGUUUUUGCUUCCCCAUGAGAUUGUGGGCAAGCUUUUUGAGUUUGGUGAUCCCACCUGGAUCCUGAGCCGGCAGGUGUUGCAAGAGGAUGCUGAGCUGAUUGAGAAGUUUUCUUCCUCGUGCCAGCCAGCGAGAGAUCCAGCAACAGUUUUGCCACUGGGGCUUUGGAAUGAUGGUGUCCCAUGCAAUUGGGACAGAUCCCAAAGCUUGGAGGUUAUAGCUCUAAGCUUCCCAUCUAUUCCUGGCCUUCGGGUGCCUCUGUUCUGUUUGAAGAAGAUGUUUGAGGCCAAGAAGUGUAGCAUGGAUGCAGCCCUGAAGGUUUUGGUCUGGAGUUUCGAGCAGCUGGCUGUUGGAAGGUAUCCUUCUCGAAGGCACGAUGGCAGCCCCUUCGAUGCACGAGUCGACAAGGCACGUAUUCGUCUAGCUGGGUUAGAGUUGCCAAGUGCAUGUUUGACACAGAUCAGGGGCGACUGGAAAAUGUUCAAGGUCAUCAGAUUAGACUGGCUGCAUAUUAUGGAUUUAGGUUGUGCAGCAGAUGCAGCUGGGAAUGUUUUGUGGCUCCUCCAAAGCAAGCUGCCUGGUCCCAACAUUGCUAAGCGAGUUGGGGAGCUCUUCAAAGAGAUUUUGGAGGAGUACAAGAACCAGGGUGUCACAUCCGAUCGACUGGCCACUUUGACAGAGACCAUGUUUCGAAAGGAUGCUGCCUCUGCUCCGAAGCUCAAAGCUAAAGGUGCUGAAACCAGAAAGCUGAUACCUAUUUUGGGUGUCUUGUGCAGAAAGCUUUUGGACAGCACUAGGGAACUGGAUUCGGCAGUUGUGGCUUGCAUGUCUUUGCUUUUGCAAUGUUAUGCUGCUUUGGAUGUCGACCCCUAUGACCCCAAGCUUAUGGAGCGAGAGGUCCGAAGGUUUGCUUUGCAGUAUGUGAGCUUGAGGGAUUAUUAUGCUGACAAUAUCACCUGGCGAGUGAAGCCGAAGUUGCACCUCCUCCUGCACCUCUCACAGAGCUCUACAUGCCCGAAGGACACCUGGUGCUAUCGAGAUGAAGAUUUCGGAGGAGCUACUGCAACCAUGGUGAGGGCCAAGGGUGGCCACAACACUCCGGGAAACUCUUCCCACAUUGUCCUUGACAAGUUCAAGGCCAGAAACAACCUGCCAGUGCUGGCUGCUUGA